UGGCACCGAGUCUUCUUCAACCUUUGGCAAAAAAACCCCAACGAACACCAGUCAUGGAGAUUAGGGAUGACUACAAAUUCCUGAGAAUUCAAGACGCUUUCAAGGCAUUGCAUCUCCAUGUUAACCUCAUUGGAGUCAUCGUCGAGCUAAAUUUCUCCACCGGCUCUGAUUGUUCAUGUAUGCUCAAAAUCGUCGACCCAUGGCAUUCAGGAUCUGGCCUUCCCGUUAAAUUCGUCGCUCGUACCACUCAAACGCUUCCUCGUGUUGAAUCAAUUGGAGAUAUAAUCUUGCUUUCACGUGUAAAGAUUGUGCUGAUUAACCGGAAAAUCACAGCUCUCUGUAAUGAAACAUCUUCUUCUUCUACGUUUGCUCUGUUUAAUGGGAAACAUGGCGUUGAUUUUGUACCAUACCAGUCGUUACCAAAAUUUCUGAUUAGGGAACAGGAUAAGAGCUUCUUAUCCAAUCUGAGAGAAUGGUUGAUUACUUACAAGUUCGAAGAUGGGUCAUGCUGUUUCACACCCUUGAAAGAUAUCAAAGAAGGGGAAUGUUCAAACUUAUCUUGCCUGAUUGUUCACAUUUCCAAGGUGUAUAAAGAUAGGUGGUACAUUUAUGUUUGGGAUGGAACUGAGCUGCCACCGUGCAACAUCUUGGUAAAGUCAGAAAGGCUUCCUUUAUGUGUUGAACCCGAGAUGUUGCCUACAUACAUUUUACGUAAGUUUCCUACUUUUGGUUCUGUUUUGAGGAUCAUAGUAGAUAGAGUUAGUGAGAAGCAAGCCAUUCAUUGUCUCCAACCUGGUCAGCACGUGAAGUUUCUGAACAUUUUCUUUCAAGUAAAUAUGGGAUUAUGGAACGCCACUUUUACUCCCUCUACAAAGAUGCAGUACACAAUGAGCAAAGAGAUGCAAGUCUUUAGUCCUCAAAGAAUGUGUGGAGAGAAGUUUUCAUCGAGAUGGAACCCCAUCAUCACACGUUGUAUUAGUCAUUCACAUUCAGGAAUCACAGGGGUUGCCCAUGAGGACGCUCCUUUUGUUUCUCUGAUGGACAUCCUGACCUAUCACAAUGUGACCGCUAAAUUCAGGUGUGUUGUUCGAUUCAUACAAGUGUAUCCCCAAGAUAUCAGAAAACUCCGCGAUUCCAACGGAAAGAUCAAAUUGCUAGCGAUAUUAGAAGAUGCAACUGCCAGAAUCCAUGCUUCUCUAUAUGCUGAUGAAGGGGAAAAGUUUUUCGGCUGUGACCAAUCCGAUGAAGAGGCUCUAGUCGAGAAGAUGAAUAAAUUGUUAGGAGGUGAGGAGAUGGAACAAGUGCCAAGAAACCCUCCAUGGGUGCAAUGUUGCUUGCUCUCGUUCUACAAACACAAAAUGGAUCAAUGGGGAAGCAGAAGAUUUAGGAUUUUUGAUACAUGGAUCAAUGCUUCAUGAACCACAUGAAAUCAAUGACAAAUCAUAUUGUUAAUUUUAGGAUAUUGAUGUUAAUAUUGUUAAUGCCGGUUUAACACCCAUUCGAAGGUAAUUUAAAAAAGACAUAAAAUUGUAAUAUCAAAAGUAAUUUAUUUAUUUA